GUCGCGUUUGAUGCAGGAUGAUGCUGUUCCGUCGUCUGCUCUGGACAGCUGCCGUGGCGAGAGGUGUUUUUGCUGCAGAAAACUCCUCGGUGUAUGAUUAUGACGUUCUGCAAUACGUCGAUCCUUUGAUUGGAAGUUCUAAUGGAGGAAACGUCUUUGCUGGCGCGUCUGUGCCUUAUGGUAUGGCCAAGGCAGUGGCCGAUACGGACUCGGAGAAUAACCAGGGGGGAUUUGCUUUUGAUGGGAGUAAAAUCACUGGAUUCUCCAAUAUGCACGAUUCUGGGACUGGCGGGAGUCCGUCUCUAGGGAAUUUCGCUCUCUUCCCUUACACGAAAUGCAACAAUGACGAUUUGGAUGGCUGUGUUUAUCCCAAGAAGGCGCGGAAGAUCGGAUAUGACAGCAACUCCGUCAAGGCAACACCGGGUUACUUUGGUCUCGCCAUGAACUCUGGUGUCCAGGUCGAUAUGACAGCGUCCCAUCACACGUCUCUGUUUCGUUUUCGCUUUCCAACGGACAAUGCUUCUAGUCCCCUUAUUCUUCUGGAUUUGACAGACCUGUCAGAUUCAAGACAGGACAAUGCGUCUGUCAGUGUGAAUGCCACGACUGGACGGAUGAUAGGCAAUGCUCGCUUCCUACCCAGCUUCGGUAGUGGCUCAUAUAAUUUGUACUUCUGCGCCGAUUUCCGCAGCUCUGCCAAAGUUCGAGACAGUGGUAUCUUUGUCGAUUCUCGUGCGAGCAAUGAGGUGCAGGACCUCAAGAUCUCCCGCAGUAUAAAUGGAUAUCCACUUCCAGGCGGUGGCUUUAUUCGCUUCCAUUCUCCGCCGGACAACACAAUUUUGGCUCGUGUUGGAGUCAGCUUCAUCAGCAGUGAGCAGGCUUGCUCUAGUGCCGAGUCGGAGAUCCCUGGAUUCGACUUCAACUCUACCCAUUCGACGGCAGUCAAGCUAUGGACCGAGAAACUUGCUCCAAUAAGAGUAUCUAGAGAGGGAGUUAAUUCUUCCAUGCUUACAAACUUCUACAGUGGGAUUUAUCGGACUAUGAUCAGCCCACAGGAUUAUACGGGAGAGAAUCCGUUGUGGAACAGUACCGAGCCCUAUUUUGAUUCGUUUUACUGUCUCUGGGAUUCUUUCCGGUCCCAAUUUCCGUUUUUGACGAUCUUCGACCCUUCCUCUGUGGCCCGCAUGAUUCGUUCACUCAUCGAUACCCAGCGCCAUCUAGGCUGGCUCCCUGAUUGCCGCAUGUCUCUUUGCAAAGGAUUCACUCAAGGUGGCUCUAAUGCGGACAAUAUUCUUGCCGAUGCUUACCUCAAGGGUCUGUCCGAUGGUAUCGACUGGGAUGCUGGCUAUAGAGCCGUUCAAAAAGACUCGGAAGAAGAGCCAUAUGACUGGUCGAACGAAGGUCGUGGUGGUCUGGUCAGCUGGAAGAAGCUGAACUAUAUUCCUGUGCAGGAUUUUGACUACCAGGGAUUCGGGACGAUGACACGAAGUAUUUCCCGAACAUUGGAAUACUCGUAUAACGAGUUUGUAAUCUCGCAAAUGGCUCUUGGCCUCAACAAAACGAGCGAUUUCGAGAAAUAUCGAAACAGGUCGGGAUACUGGCAAAACCUGUGGAAAGCAGAUCAGACAUCUUUCCUCAACGCCGUAAACACUGGGUUCACGGGUUUCUUCCAGCCCAAGUACCUGAAUGGCACAUGGGGAUUCCAAGACCCUCUCAUGUGUUCAAACAUUGAUAACAGUGGAAGCAUCUGCUCAUUGCAGAAUACGGCCGGAGAGACCUUUGAGUCCAGUAUUUGGGAAUAUCAAUUUUUUGUUCCCCACGACAUGACAACGCUUAUUACCCUGCUCGGCGGGCCUUCGCAGUUUGUAAAGCGCCUUGACUACCUCCACGAUAACAAUAUCACCUACAUUGGCAACGAGCCUGCCUUUCUGACUGUGUUUCAAUACCAUUACGCCGGCCGGCCAGCCAAAUCGGCGCAGCGCUCUCAUUUCUAUAUUCCGAGAUUCUUCCAGACGACACCUGAUGGCCUGCCAGGGAACGAUGACUCGGGCGCCAUGGGUUCCUUUGUAGCCAUGUCCAUGAUGGGUCUGUUCCCCAAUCCUGGGCAGAAUGUCUAUCUGAUCAUGCCCCCUUUCUUCGAAUCUAUUAGUAUUACUUCCCCGCUUACGGGCCGUACGGCGACGGUCCGCACCGAGAACUUUGACCCUACAUAUCAGAAUAUCUCUAUCCAAUCUGCGACUCUCAAUGGCGAGCCAUACCACAAGAACUGGAUCGACCACGACUUCUUCACGGAGGGAAAGGAAUUGGUUUUGGUCCUUGGGCCGAAUGAGAGCCAAUGGGGUACAAAUAAUGAGGACUUGCCACCGUCUGUGUCUAGCAAGGCGGCGAGAAGCGCUGAGCUGAAGGGGCCGGGUUUGAGCUAGGUGACAGCUUCGUGUAAGAAAUGGAUGUUCUAAAUAUGCCGUAAAGGCCUUUGGACAGUGCUAUCCCUAUUGAGAUGGUGAUACAUCCGGACGACAUGUACAGAUAGCGAAAAAUAUAGCGGCUGUCUACACAGUAUUCUAAUAAUCAAUGUUCCAUUGAUAACU